CUUCUCCUUCACAAAUUACUCUCGCCGGUGUUCUCCAACGCCUCUGCCUCUUCCUGUAUCACUACUUCUCCAUCCUACAUGAAGAAUAUUUGAAAGCUUGAAGCUCCACACCCAUUGCCAAACAUUGACACGGCAACGCGGUUCCAUGACGCUGAGAGAAGAAUCGGCUCGUAAAAGACACGGCAACAUAAAUGCCAAAACCAUGUGCAAGAUCGACCAUCUGAAAGAAGUAGCAUUGUGGGCGGCCGAUGCCUCUGUUCCUUCCCUCGCCGCUUACUUCGGGGAGCGCCUCUCUGCCACCAACGAAGCACUGGGUGUUCGGGGCGACCCUGCUUUAUUUGUCUGCGAAAGAUGUGAAUCUAUUCUGCAACCCGGUAACAAUUGCAGUGUUCGGAUUGAGAAUAACAAGUCAAAAGGGAGGCAUAGGCGAAAGAGAUCGAAGAUUAUAGUGCAGAACAAUAUUGUUUACAGAUGUCACUUUUGUUCUCAUCAAAAUACGAUGAGAGGAACACCGAAUGGCUAUGUCAAAGAGAUACGUCCGCCAAAGCCUAAACCAGCACCGGGCUUAAAGAAAGUGCGGGAGAACCACCCUAGCUCGGAAAACGCUACAACUACUGUCGAGUGCAGUGGUUUGUUGCCUUUAGAUGGACAGGAUCUUGAAGGAAGCUCUCUGGCCACUCCACUGUCGAAAAGUGGUCUUUCUUUAUUGGAUUCAAAGCGGAGGAAAAGAAAUAGACCCGGUGCAAAGAAAGCCGAUGAACCUCAAAUCAGCCUGGGUGCAGCAGAUACGGAGAAGAGCACUCAAGCUUCGAGUAAGAGAAGGAAGAGGACGUGGACGAGUCUGAAGGAGAUUGCUGAGAGUAGUGGCCAAGAUGUUGGCAAGAAAUUCACAAACUCAUCUGUACCAUUCUCUAUUUAAGAUUGCACAAUGUGAGAGCUGUAGUCAACUGUAAAAUAUAGUUAACGAAUUAAAUAUUUAUUAGGAUA